UUGUAGUUCCUGGCCUGCCCGUCAACUCGUCGGUUGUCAAUGGAACGUGCGGUCGGUUCAAACCGUUCCGUCCGAACCGCCUUCGUCCGGCUGUGGGUCCUGUUCGCCGCUGUCAGGGCGGAGAGCCGGCGGGGCGAUGUCAGGAGCUCCCGGAGCCACGCAGGGGAGAGGCCAAUGCCCGUCCCAGGAGCCAACAUUGUGCUGGUCACUUGUGAUUCCUUGGAUGGAAGAUUGACAUUUAACCCACAGAACCAGACAAUUAAUCUUCCCAACAUAAACCUGAUGAAAGACAAUGGUGCACUUUUUCUCAAUACCUACAGCAACUCUCCAAUCUGCUGCCCUUCUCGAGCAGCCCUGUGGAGUGGUCUAUUUGUUCAUUUAACAAAAUCCUGGAAUAAUUUCAAGUGCUUGAACCCUGAUUACCCCACCUGGAUGAAAGUACUGCAGAAUUAUGGCUAUUAUACAAAAGUAUAUGGAAAAACUGAUUAUACUUCAGGACACCACUCAGUAAGUAACCGUGUGGAAGCCUGGACCAGGGAUGUCAAGUUUUUGCUCAGACAAGAAGGUAGACCGAUAGCAGAGCUGGUCGGUAAUGAAUCAACUGUAAGAAUCAUGGACCGUGAUUGGCAGAAUGUAGAUAAAGCAACUGAAUGGAUACGAUACAAAGCAACCAAGCUAAAUCAACCCUUUGUUCUGAGCUUGGGUCUGAAUUUGCCUCAUCCCUAUCCAACUCCAAGUAUGGGAGAAGCAUAUGGAGGAUCCACAUUUAAAACAUCUCCAUAUUGGCUUAAAAAGGUGAAUUAUCAAUCAAUCAGGAUUCCAAAGUGGCUUUCUUUCACUGAAAUGCAUCCCGUGGACUUUUAUUCCUCCUACACCAAGAACUGUACUGGUAAUUUUACAUAUCAGGAAAUCAAGGACAUCAGAGCAUUUUACUACGCAAUGUGUGCUGAAACAGACCUGAUGCUAGGUAAAAUUUUAACAGCUAUUCGUGACACUGGGCUCCAGAACAAGACUUACUUAAUUUUUACUUCUGAUCAUGGCGAGUUAGCAAUGGAGCAUCGUCAAUUCUAUAAAAUGAGCAUGUACGAAGGAAGUUCUCAUGUUCCUUUACUGAUAGCUGGACCAGGUAUUUCAGGAAGACAACAGAUUUCAAAUUUGGUAUCUCUUGUGGACAUCUAUCCGACUCUUCUUGAUAUUGCCAGAAUCCCUCUUCCAAAAAACCUAAGUGGAUAUUCUCUACUCCCAUUGCUACGAAGAUCUCCAAACAAUAUUUUUGUGAAAAAUCCACGACCUGACUGGAUUUUUAGUGAGUUUCAUGGCUGCAAUGUUAAUGCUUCCACCUAUAUGAUUAGAACUGGCAGAUGGAAGUACAUAACCUAUGCUGAUGGAAUUUUAGUACCUUCCCAACUGUUUGAUCUGAUUGCUGAUCCAGAUGAAUUGAUAAAUGUUGCUACUAAGUAUACAAAAAUUACAAGCACGCUUGAUAAGAAACUUCGCUCCAUAUUAAAUUACCCAGAAGUGUCCAAGUCUGUUCAUCAAUAUAACAAACUUCAAUUCACCAAAUGGAAAGAAAGUCUAGGAAAGAAUUACACAAAUGUUAUUGCCAACCUCAGAUGGCACCAGAGCUGGCAAAAAGAUCCUGUAUUUUAUCAAAAUGCUAUCAAAAACUGGUUAAAUUCAACUACUGAUGGAUAAUUUUACAUGUAUUAUUACCUACAUGUGUAAUCCUUUUCCCUAUCUGCUUGCUGGCCUUUGGAGAUGGUAGAUAUUAUCCACAAAUGUGAAGUCAGCUACUAUACACUCACCAAUGACGUGCAGGUCUACCUAUGCAUCACCUUUCUCGGCCCUGUACCUCUUAGGUAUCUGAGAUGCAAUCUUGGCUGAGUCUGUUUCCUCCACAUAGAACCUUGAAAGGACUACAGCUGUCACGUUAUGCUCUUCCCUUCCUCACCACUGGCUUAAUUCUCCUCCCUAGCCAGACUGUUUUAAGAAUGGAUUUUGAUUAACACUGAAUUAAUUUUCCAUCUCCUGUAUCAAUUUUACCACAAGGAGUAUGGACUUUCACUUUUCAGCUAAAAGCAUCCUCUCUUGUCUUUGAUACUCAAAUGCAAGUCUCCUAUAUCAUCCAUAUAGACCAGCUUAUUUAAAACUUAGUAGAAAUGCAGUUUAAACUAGAGGGUGAAAAUGAAUUUAACCUUCAGCAAUUAAACCAUAGGUUUAAAAUAAGGGAUAGGUGGUUUAGAAGAGAUCUGAGGAAGAAUAUUUUCCACCCAGAGGGUGGCUGAUAGCUGGAAUGCACUGCCUGAAGGGAUGGUUGAGGCAGAUUCUCACAACAUUUAAUAGGUAUCUGGACAGCCAUUUGAAAUGCCAAAGCUUAAAAGGCUGUGGUCAAGUGGAAAAUAGAAUUAGUGCAAAUGGUAUUUGAUGGACAUUGUAGGCUGAAGGAUGUGUUUUUGUGCUGUAUGAUUUAUCCUAUUAUAGAAGAUUAUGUGUCCCAUAUUGUCAAGAAUAUUUGGGACGCAAGUCAUUCCAUGGGAGUGGUAAGCUUAAAAAUUAAUUAUUCUAGGUUUACAUUGUUGAUACUAAAAAUAUUGGACUUGGCGUAUGCCACAGACUAAGCUAAACAUGGGAUGGGCUUGUUUGUUCUUUAACGGGAUAGUUAAAUUGUGUGAGAAUAGGAGGUUGUUUUGAAAGAGGGUAUCAUUGAAACAAAAGCAAACUGGCACAAUCCAAGUGCUAUGGUGCCUGCAUUAAUCAAUGUAAUGAAAGACUGAUUUAUAAUAAGUCAUUAAGGUAUCCAGGAGAAACAAUAUUAUUAGCUCCUGUAUGUCAGUUUGAUGGGACUGAAGAUACAGCUGCAUUUCUGACAGAAUGGCUUAUAACUUGAUGGAGCCCCCUUGAAGUUGCUGCCCUUGACCAUCUAAGUGGGGGGAAAUGGUAAACUAUGACAAUAGGAUUUUUGAAGGUUGUAAAUUGUCUUUUGCUAAGUGGUGCAAAAUUGCCUUAAAGUUGAUCAGAGUCACUUUGCAGCCUGUUAAAGUCAAAAGAAAAGAAAAUCAGACCGUGAAAAGCAGUAAUUUGUGUUCUCUAACUUCAUUCCCAGUCUUCUAUAAAAUACUCAAUUUCCAAUCUACCCAAAAACCUUCAAUAUUCAGCAAAAUCAUCCAGUUCUCUCCAUUUUUCUGAUGAGAUCCUCUUCUCCACUGCCCCUUCUUUAACUUCGGCAUUGGAAUUGGUUUAUUAUUGUCACAUGUACCAAGGUACAGUGAAGAACUUGCUUUGCAUACCAUUCAUACAGAUCAAUUCAUUACAUGGUGCAUUGAGGUAGUAAAACAACACAGAAUGCAGAGUAAAAUGCAGCCUUCAGUAAUCUAAGCCUAAACAUCGCAAGGUCCUUCCUGAAUCUUUUAUCUUUGCUUCUUCAAGACAUUUAUUGAAACCUACUCCUUUGAUUAUGUUUUUGGUCACAUCAUCCCAUCCAUUUCUCCUUCCAAACAUUUUAUGUCAGUUUUUCUCGCACCUUCUGUGAAAUGCCUUAGGAUGCCUUUUCUAAUUUAAAGAGUUAAAUGAGUGCAAGUUAUCGUCUUUGUUGUGAUUAAAAGAUUUGUAGAAUGUGGUGUCUAUUGUUCAUACUAAGCCACAAUGAAACCAGAGUAUAUGAAUUGUGGUUGAAAGAAUUCAUGAAGCAAAUAUUGGUGGUAUAUCUACCAACAUAGAUUUAUUGUGAUAAUAGUUUUUUUGAGAACUACCAUAUUGUCUUGAUAUGGCAUUCCAGAAACUUGUGGGAGUAAUAAACAUUGGCUUUGAGAAGAAGAAAUAGUGAAUUGCUGCUGGGCCAGAUUUUAGUGGGGAAAUACCAUCAGUUCUGUGCAAGUUCCCAGUAAAGUUAAAGUCUGUAAAACCUGCUGACCAUUCUUUGCCACUGGUAUUUUUUCCCUCUCUGCAUUGCAGCAUUUUUCUUAUCAUCGAGUCUAGAGGAAGAGCAUAUAGUUAGGAAAAUGAUAGAGACCAUAGGCUUUAAGUGGAUUACAAACACAAGGUGUGCCCAAAGAGUUCAACUGGAGGAUUGUCUGAGGCCUCAUUAUUACUAAUAGGGCAUGGUAUUGAUUAAUAAGGUAGUAGAGGAAAUGGAGUUUUUUGUCACUGAGAUUGAGAGCAUCAUUCUGUUCUCUUCUGAAUGCUUCUGACUUGCUUGCUUAUUUAGCAAAGAUAUUCACUUGCCCAGACCUGAUCUCCCAGUUUUUUCUUGUUUAUCUUUCAUUCUCUGAGUUUAUUUUGUGCACUUCUGACUACAUUUCUAUUGACAACAUUUUUGUACGUUUUUUGACUACAUUUCUAUCGAAUUGCUGAUCAUACAACUUCAUUUUCUGGGCUUCACGUUGGUUAAUAUUAAAAUGAUUACAUCAGUUCAGGUGAUGUCCCCCAACCUUUUAAAAUCCCUCAUCAUGUAUUUUUCAUUAUUAAACAGCCUUGUCCCUCUGUCCUUGCAUUCUGCUACCUCCUGUCCAAAGAUUCAGAUCUCCGUCCCUGUCCCCCUUAAUUCUUAAGUGCCUUAAUUAAAGUCACAAAUGGCAUUCUCUGAUUAACUGUGAGACAACUUGCCCUUCUCAAUCCCUGUAUCCCUGUCAUACAAUUGACCACAGUAUCCUCAAAUGUUUCUCAUUUGUAGCUGUGGUUGGAUACUCUCAUUUAAUUCUAUUUCUAUGUAUUCAGCCAAAAGUAGAGUAUCACCUGUGAUGACCUUGCUUUUCAUCCUGCACCAUUAUGUUUGGAAUGCUCCAAGGAACUAUCAUUGGCUCAGUUCUAAUUCUGGUGCACUAAAGCAAUAUCAUUCAAAAACACGUAAUGAGGUUUCACAUCUGUGCUGAUGGUAACCAACUCCACCUCAACCCCCAUCCCCGUGCAUCUCCCUUACCCUGUUGUUUGUGUUUUUUCUGAAGUCCUGCCAUAGAAUACCCCCAACUUGCUCCAGUUAAGUAUUGAAAUACCCAAAGCCAUAUGUUUCAUUAUUCUUUCAGUUUAGUGCUGCAAUGAUUGGUGCUUCUAUUUGUGAUGUAUUUUAUUUAUUUUAUCAACAUUCCAAUUGGCUUCUCAGUUUAUUGUAUUUUUGUUUUUAAUUACUGUAUUAUAGUAUUAAUUUCUGCUCAUUAUUUUAAAGAAUGCUGUUAUAUUCUUUGGGAACAUUUAUAAAGUAAGUAUCUGUACAGAAGUCCAUAAGAGAUGACGAUGUAACCUCUAUAUCACUCUAUUUUAAAAGAGAAAUUGAAGAUACGCAUGGUAUUUCACAUUUAAGUCUCUUUAUCCAUUAAUGAUUCACCAGCUCAAGAUUACAUGUAUUUCUCCAUAUUACAACUCAGAACUGCUUUUUGGAUUAAUCAAAUUUGUAAGUACAUUAUUCUUUAAAGAUUUUGAAUAA